AUGUCCGCCAUGUUUUCCAUGGCGCAGGGAGCGGACCGACCGAGAGAAAAUAGGUUUUAAACGCAGUAAAACUCGACCAAAAUGGCUUCUUGUGCUGGAUUCGGAGCCAACGGGAACCUAUGAGUCCGGCCGUCGUGAAAACAACCGGCUCCCUUGUGGCUUUUAACCGAGUUUCGUGUGAUUUUCUGGCGGGAUAAAUGUUUCCUUCACAUUUUAUGUUAUUGUGAUAGGCGAAAACAAUGAGUAAACUAUCGUUCCGAGCGCGAGCGCUAGACGCCGCCAAACCUCUCCCCAUAUACCGCAACAGAGACCUUCCGGACCUCAAUGACUGCGUCUCCAUCAACCGGGCUGUGCCGCAGAUGCCAACGGGGAUGGAAAAAGAAGAAGAAUCGGAGCACCACCUACAGAGAGCCAUUUCAGCACAGCAGGUGUUCAGGGAGAAGAAGGAGAGCAUGGUCAUCCCGGUCCCCGAGGCAGAGAGCAAUAUCACCUACUAUGACCGGCUCUACAAGGGAGACUUCAGGGUCCCCAAACAGCUCCUUCACAUUCAGCCUUUCAGUCUGGACAACGAGCAGCCCGACUAUGAUAUGGAUUCAGAGGAUGAGACGCUCCUCAACAGGCUGAAUAGGAAGAUGGAGAUAAAGCCCCUCCAGUUUGAAACAAUGAUGGACAGGUUGGAAAAAGCAAGCGUAGACCAGUUUGUCACUCUUCAGGAAGCCAAGCUGCUGCUAAAUGAGGAUGACUACCUUCUCAAGUCUGUUUAUGAUUACUGGGUGAGGAAGAGGAAGAACUGCAGGGGACCCUCCCUCAUUCCGCAGAUCAAACAGGAGAAGAGGGAUGGCUCCACUAAUAAUGAUGCCUAUGUGGCUUUCCGAAGGAGGACUGAGAAAAUGCAGACCAGGAAGAACCGUAAAAACGAUGAAGCCUCUUAUGAGAAGAUGCUGAAAUUAAGGAGAGAGUUCAGCAGGACUGUGACCAUCCUGGAAAUGAUCAAAAGAAGAGAGAAAUCGAAGCGCGAGCUGCUGCAUCUGACACUGGAGGUGGUGGAGAAGAGGUAUCAGCUUGGUGACUUUGGGGGGGAAAUUCUUAAUGAAGUUACUGUCCCACGCACGGAGAAGCCUAUUUACAGCGCACCAAUGUCUCUGCAUAAUGGAAAUCACCACAAAACGGAAAAUAAAACAAAGCACACGCACCACAUCUCCAUUAAGGAAGAGCCUCGUUUUGACUUUGUUCGGCCAAAGAAGAAGUACCAGAAGAAGGCAAAAUUGGACACUUUGUGCCAGCAGUCCCGCUCAGAGCACCACUCUACCAUCAACAAGUGUGACAUCAAGCAGUACGACUUCCACAGCUCGGGCGAGGAGGACUACCCACAGAUUCAGUCUCCUGUAUCAGAAGCAGAUGAGGAGAAUGAUCCUGAUGGGCUUUUUGCUUUCAGAAGGAAAGCUGGCUGCCAAUACCAUGCUCCUCUCCUGGACCACAGCAACAGCCUCCUGUGGGAUCACCCGGAGCUGGCAGGGCUGCAGGCACGGCGCUACAGACACUGUGUCACAGCUCUGUCUCGCCCCCGCUGCUGCGUGGGCCUGGCCCGCCGGAGGAUGGGCCGCGGUGGCAGGGUGAUUUUGGAUCGAGCCUCGUCUGACCACGACCACAUUCUAAAGCAGCUGGAACCAGACGUGUUUACCGCCGUUCACAGCAGUGCGGCGUCGGACUUUUCAGACAAUUUCGCGUGGACCAAUGCUUCCAGAAAUCGCCCUGGCAAAGCCAGUUCACUGGCAGAACUCCUAAGCAAUAUUAAAAAGUGCCGGUGGCAGUGUUUCCAGCCACGGCCAAAGCAGGACAGGGGCAGCGAGGAUGGGGGGUCCAGGAGGAAGGAGGAACUGACUGUGAAUGGUAGCGCUCCUGCAGCCUCUGUGCUGCUGCUGAGCCCUUCCAAGGAUGGAGUAACUGUUACAGGUGGCAUCACGGAGGAGCAGUUCCAGACACAUCAGCAGCAGCUGGCCCAGAUGCAGAAGCAGCAGCUGGCUCAGCUUCGGCAGAAACCCACAUCCCAGCAUUCCUUGCAGCCAGCACGUCACAGCACACAGGUACCAGACCCCUUGGACUGCACGUCGAAGACACUGGAUUCAGCCAGUGCACACUUUGCGGCGUCUGCUGUGAUCAGUGCUCCAGGGCCAGGACGCAGUGAGGUCAACAAGGACAAUAAAACACACAACAACACUGUUAAUGGUGUUGUCCAAACUUCAGGGACCUCGAAACCUCUUCAUUCCACCAGCACAACUCUGAGCAGCAGCGGUGCUCCCCCAGCGGCCGCCACCCUCCAGCUGGUACGAGCCGUCCCCGGCGGCGGCAGCUCCGGCCACCUGCUCCCAGCACUGUGCACCAGCAACCCCCAGUCCCUGCCCGGGGCCGGCGCCGCCCACCUCAGCAACGUCAGCGUGGUGUCCCCCAUCAACCUGCACCUCAGCGCCCGCAGCUCCGCCCCCUCGCCAUCUGCCUUAAAGCUCGCCACGGUCGCCGCCACCCUGGAGCGGGUGCCCAAGGUCACCGCGGCUAGUGCCAUCAGCAGCAUGGCAAGGGAGAGCCAUGAACCUGAAAGACUUGCUCUGAAUGGAAUAUCAGAGACCACAGUGGCAAUGGAGGUGACAUAGCCCCCAUGAGCUGGGCCCGGCACCUGCAAACAAACAGUCAGAUGCACCUGAAUGAAUUGCAAAUGUUACUGCCCUUGUUCAGGGGGAGUUAUUAUACGGACCUAUAUUUUAUUGCAGCAUAUCAAAAUAUUAAGAAAAUCUGUCAAUAUAUAAAUGUACAUUUUGUAAAAUUUGGAACAUCACUACCUUGUAAAAUAGUAUAUUUGUAUCAUUAGUAUGUUAUUUCUGUUACUUGAAUUCUAGAUACUUGUCAUCAUGCUUUUGCACUUGGAAAUGCAACUGAAUGGAGAGGAAAAAAAAAUGUGCAACAGUUUGUUUUGGGAUCAUGAGCAUGAAAGUGGAUCCUGCC